AUGGACGAGUCGCGGCCCAUGGACGCUGAAACCAUCUCGCCGCCCAUCCGGGCCUUCUCGCCUUCACCCUCAAUUCCACCCACGCCCGCCAUCUCAUCGUACUCCUCCCCAGACCGCACUUUCUCUUCCACCUCUUCCCGCUCCACAUCCUCCGCCACCUCCGCAGAUGCACGGUCAACCAUCUCGACCUCGUCCCGCCGCCAUGGAUACAUCCGCGCCUUUGGAGCCGAGUUCUCCGAAUCAGCCCGACACCGCGACAGCGUCAUGAGCCUGGGCAGUAUUGCCCACCUACAAUACUAUUUUGCUCGGACGGGCCUGUUGGACGGGAAAGGUGGCCGAGGUCGCGAGUAUCAAAAGAAGAAGAAUCAGGAGAAUGUGCCCCGGGUGUUGAUCACCCCUAACGAGCGGAAUAUGGAUGAUUUCACCGCAAGCCCGACGGAAAUGACGGACUCGGCGGAAUUGGAGCCCGGUCACGAAGAUGAGGACGGCGAGGUGAUGCUGCCGCCCACCGUGAGCACAUAUAGCAUCAAAACACACCACAUACCGCCUCCGCCGGAUCUGAUGUCCCUGCGCCGCGAUUUAAUGAUUGCGCUGGACAAGGCGGAAAAGAAUAUCGAGGCUAUCGAGAAUGGCGCGGAGCCUCCUCCGCGGGAACCGCUGCGAUCCAGUCUGUCCCCGGGCGAUGUCCCCGAGCCAUCGGAAGAUGAGCAAUCGCGAGAGGCACUGGCCCCUCAAACCAAAGAGGAGGCGCAGGGCAUGUGCAUUCUCGACGAUGUGACUAUGGCCAUCCGGGCAGCCAAGAUUUACUAUACUACUCAUGAACGCCCGGACCGUUUGGCCUCCAUUAAGAGUGAGCGCGAGAUCCGCAAGGAUCUUUUCCAUGUGCUUGAUGUCCUGAAACGAUGGGCAGCGCGCCAUUUCGCCAGCGGGCUGCGCGAGGAGGAACGUGUCGUGGUUCAAGGGUGGAUUUCCAAUGUCCGAACCAUGCUGGUUCGCGAGAAGGCGCUCGAAGACCUUGAAGCCCAGGAACGACAGAGCUGGGACUGGGCCAAUGGUGACUGGACAGGGCGAGAGCGAGCCCGUGAGGAGUCCUUCCUCCGUAGUCUGGCGCAAAAUGGGGACUCCCUGCCGGAGUGGACCCCCGUCGAGGAGGCGGCCCCCGACUCCCUGCCGACCCCAUUCCUGGACCGCUUCCGAGAUGGCCGGGUCCUGGUGCAGCUGCACAACCUUGCGAUCAAAAAGUCCAAGCGGCCCUUCGGCGAAAUUAAAGCUUUCCACCAGGACAUCGCCAAACCCUACCGGCAGGCAGAAAACCUCCGGUUCUGGGUCAAGGCCGCGGAGCUGCGAUGGGAGCUCCGGCUUGGGGUGGACGUGAUGGGGAUCGUCCAGGGCAACAGCGAAGUCGCCUGGAAGCAAUUCGAUACGGCAUUGCUGGCAUGGUGCAAGACGGUCCGCGAGGAGCUGGUGCGAGAUUGGCAGGCGGCCAACCCGGGGCGGCCCCCGAGUGCCGGUCUGAUUUGA